AUGCGGGGCGCCAAGCUGGGCGCCGAGACUGCCCUCCAGGCCUACGACAGGGCGUACACAAGAAGCCGAGAAAUGGCGGGCGAAUGGCUCACAGACGUGAAAAGGCGAGAGGCUGCCUUGCGGCUUCGUGAGUCAGACUGCGACAGGAGGGAGGCUGAGCUGGAGGCGGCACUGGCCAGGCUGCAAGAGGAGAAGACGAUUUUAUCCCAGCGGGAAACCACAUUUCUUCAGCAAUCCCGGCAGACUUUGGAUGAGAGUCGUAGCCGCGAGGAGACCCUAGUUGAAAGAGAACUGGCUGUGGAGGAGAAGCACAACACCCUGCGUGACAAGGAGAAGAAUUUGACAGCCUUCCAAGAUGAACUCGCAGACAGGCAGGAAAGACUCAACAAGAUGGACACAGAGAUGCAUGAGAAGUGGGAUAG